CGGUGUACGGUGAGAACUUUAUUGAUUUUAGGGUUUUAUCCGAGUUGAUAUUGAAUUUCGUUUCUUACGUCUAGGUAUAGAAAAUAUUCUUCUAAAUAUAUAGAUUCUUCUUCUUCUAAGCCAUGUCAGGUAAAUUACAAGAAGCACAGGAGCAUUGCAGAGCGGCUGAGAAAUUCUUGAAGACUUCGUUACUCCGAUGGAAGCCGGAUUUUGAUUCAGCUGCGGAUGAAUACAGUCAAGCAGCACAAUGUUAUCGCAUCGCACGCGACUUGAAGAUGUCUAAGGAAUGUCAUCUAAAGGCGUCAGAGUACUACUUGAAGAAUCGUGCCUUCUUCCAUGCGGCUAAGGCGCUCGAAAACGCUAUCAUCGUCGCCAAGGAAAUGGCUACACCUCAGGAGCUAUACAACUUAGCGACGGAGUCGGCGAGCUUGUACCAGCAGCACGGCUCGGGUGACUCCGGGGCUAAUGUCCUGGAUAAAGCUGCCAAAAUUCUCGAGAACAACUCCCCAGAACUGGCUGUCAAACUGUUCCAACAGGCCGCUGAUGUUUCUUCUACGGAAAGCAGUCAACAUCAGGGUGCUGAGUACAUCAGCAAGGCUUCAAGAAUAUUGGUCAAGCUGCAAAGGUACGAUGAGGCAGUGGACAGUCUGCGGCGAGAGAUCGGCUUCCACCAGGAGGCUGGUAACACUGGCGCUGUGGGGAGGCUGACCGUUGCCAUAGUGUUGGUGCAGCUCGCGAGAGGAGAUGCUGUGGCUGCUGAGAAGGCUUACAAGGAAUGGGGCAAUAACUGUGAAGCUCCAGAGAUAGAAACGCUGGAGACGUUGCUCCAAGCUUACGAUGAGGAGGACCGGGAAGCUGCCAAACGGGCCUUGCGUUCCCCCUUCAUCCGGAGUAUGGAUGUUGAGUACGCUAGACUGGCAAGUACUGUGCCGCUGCCCGAGGGCAUUGACCUCCCACCUCGACAGGCUGUUAGGGAGAACGCUGCGCCGUCUUACGUCAGCCCGAACGCGCCGAGCAGCGCAGGUGAUGAGGCAGUCGCGAGUGCGCCGGCGCCGACUAACACAAGUGAGAACAACCACGAAGAAUCUCCAUACGAAACCGUAACUUACGAGAAAAAGACGGACGAUGAAGAUGACCUGUGUUAGACUGAGACAGCAUUACUCGGGUACUUAAAAGGUUGAAAAUAGGCACUUGUGGCUGCACAAGUGUUUUGAAGACUGGAUUGGAUUUAACAACAACCGCUUGCUCUCGAUUCGCACAUUCAAAAGAACUUAGGGCAUUUGAACGUGGCUUAUAAACUGGAUUAUUCCUGUAAGGUUUGGCAGCCCUAACAUUAGCGCUGCAUUUAGAGCCGUGGAUCCCUAGGCUACACCUGUGGCUCCAUUGUGUAGGCCUCUCGGCCUAUCCUUAAGUGCGGCGCUGCCUAACAUAAGGCUUUAAACACGAGGCAUUUUGUUAUUUCGGCGCUUGUUCGAUAAUUGAAUUUAUAUUUAAUGAAGUGGGUGCUUUUUCUUGUUUCUGUCAUGAAUGGUUAGACAAAAACUAAACCAAAAAAUCGACACAAUGUUUAUGAAACAUCAAAUCGAUACAUUUUAAUGGUAUUUCUAUAGAAGCACUCAGUUAUAACGAACAUCGGACUUAUUGUUACAUUCUUAAUAAGCUUCGUUAGUAAAGUCAAAAAGAAAAACGAGGUUUAUUUUAGAUCAUCGUGACUGGAUUAUAUUUCUAGUUUUUUAGACUAGUUUGGAUUGUCCCACUGCUGGGCACAGGCCUCUCCUCUGGGCUUCCACUUUCCCUGUCCCAAGCGAUCUCCCUAAUCCGUCUCAAAUACGUCCAAAAGCCAGAAGGCCAUAUCAAAGCAAUUCAUCUAAAAAGCAAUAUUGCAAUUUGACAUUUGUUAAAUAGCAAUAUUGCUUUUUUUAGAUGAAUUUGAACCGUCUGGUCUCUCCGUCUGCUUCUGCCUCUGCGUCGGCGAUGAAAAAUGGAGUUUCUCUGCGCGAUCGAAUCAGGAACGAGGAGAUCCGUAGACGAACUAAAGUCACCGACACAGCCUAAACAGUGUGGACAGACCCUCAGACCAAUGACCUGAAGGUCACGCUGGAUGCGGGCAGCAGAGAAUCGGUCAGUGAGGGGAGGCCUAUGUCCGGUCCGUUAUUUGAAUAAAACAAGGCUUCCUUUCGCGAUACUCAUUAAAAUGCAUUUAUGUAAUGUGUUAUGGUAGGUAUAUUUUUUAUAUAGUCGAUGUGUGUGCGCUAGAGCGAAAUGGAAGUCAGAACUUUAAACUGAUGUAAUGAGCGAGUACCUUUCCUUUUGCAUUUCGUGCCCAUUAUGGGUGUUUUAAUAUUGUAGGUUUGCCUCAGAUGGCAUUAACUACUUGGCCGGAUAAAUGGGGAGCGCCAAGAAUAAUUAUUCAGUUAACUAUUUGGAACAAUUAAUCGACCCUAGUUAGCCGAUAGUUAUUAGCGCUGAAUGAGGGAAAUCUACGACCACGCCGGCAGGGUCGGUGUCGGGGUUUUGAGGUAUUUGUUGUCGCGAGCUGAUUAGCCGCCUCAGGAUCGUAUAUUACGUCCUUCGUCAUCCCCACCCAUUGUAAAGACAUAAUUAAAGCAAUGCAAGAAAGCCCAAACCAAAAUAUUGCAAAAAUCUAUCGAGUUGGGACUGUCUCCCCUUGAACGACCACAUUGACUUGCAGUUGUUCAGGACCUUAGUUGACAACUUACUAAGCAUUCCACAUCAACCUACUGGUGUUACGUUCCUGGUAGGUUUGCCUUAACUGUACCUAUAUCCUGAGAAAAAGUUCUUGGCCGAAGCAAAGGAAAUACUCUAGGAAGUUUCGAGUUGCCAAAGUAAAUAAUAUCGUGCGAAACGCAUAUACAGCUAAGGGAGCUUCCAUUGCCCGCAUGCGCUACCAAUUGCACUAAUACUACCAUUAACAACAUCGCAAACCACUUCAAUAAAUAAAAUUAUACAUUUUCUCUGACAAAUCGUCUUGGUCUAUGUACCUAUUAAAUUAUAAUGCUUUACUCGUUAAUUAUAGUAUUUGUAAAGUAUAAAAAUAUAUGGUUAAGUUUAUAUAUUGAUAUAUGACGUAUAUAAUAUUUACUAUUAUUAUGUAUAAAGUUAUUUCUUGUAAGUGUAUUGUCCCAAUAAUUUGUGAAGUAGAAAAUGUACUAAUUAGCACAUGCUUAAUAAUUACAUGAGCUAUUUCAAAGAUUAACAUGGCGGCUGAUUCUGUGGAUAUCUAUUUAUAUAAAAUUAAGUAAAUAUACCUUAACAAUGCUGUGUUUAGUGCGUAUAUAAUAUAUUCUAGUGUAUUAGCUGCUAGAUUGUUAGGACAGGGCCUAUUGUGACGAACGGUUGAGUUUGUGUAAUAAUAUAAACAAGAAUAUAGGGCUUAUUACACUUACCUGUCCGACAAGCUAGAUGCGUUAAGGUCACGGUGGUUGCUAUGGUUACUCCCCUCCAACUCCGAUCGAGUAGUUCGUGUAGUCUAAUAGCAAAUCGGCGGGUCGUAAAAAUGGAAACCACGAUCUCGAGCGAGUUGGUAGGGAGUAACCAUGGUAACCACCCGUGACCUUGACGCAUCUAGCCUGUCGGACAGGUAGGUGUAAUAAGCUCUUAUAUAAGCUCAAUCGCGAUGUGUUCUAUUAAACAAAUCGUUCAAGCACCCAUUCGUUGUCGUUUUAGCGUGUAUAUGGGUGCCCCAGAGGUUCACGUGCACAAUGAAAAAUUUGAUGGACGGGCACAUUGGCUACUUACUAGAAACACGACCAUUUUUGUUCAGCGGUAAAAUUCUCACUUUGACUUCCAAGAACUUGUUUUUAUCAUUGAAUUGGCUGUUUUUAUUUUUUCAUCUAGUGGUCCACUUUAUUAGAACUAUAUAUGAAGUAAAAGAAGAGAUUUAAAAAAAGAGAUAGCGACAAUUUAAUGUUCUCUGAAGUACGGUAGAAAAUCUUGAAAGAGGUACAAAAUGAGUCACAUUUCCUACAAGGGGAUGUUUCUAGUAGCCAAUGAAUGAGCCUUUCCAUCAAAUUUUUAAUUUUGAACGUGAACCUUUGUGCCAACCUGUAUAUUAUAUAAAUAACCCCAUUUAUAGUUCUAUACACACUAAAACGUUCACAGCUGUAAACGAUGAUACAUCGAAAUUGAAUUCUUGACGUAGGAUAUAGGAAUCUAAUCGCAAUCGCGCCGAAUGUAAUAAACUAGGGAAAAUAUCUGAUAACGGGAAUACUAUAGAAUAAAAUAUGUGUAUAGAAGAAUAUAUUUUAUUAGAAACCUACAUUUCAGCAGCAGUAGUGUGACGGGAGUAUUCCCACUUGGAAGGCCUCCCCAUUAUCCUGUGCCCAUAUAAAUUAGCUUUUGCCCGCGACUUCAUCCGCGUGGAAGGAUUUUUCCCGCUAAUUUCCUUUCCCAUGGGAAUUUCGGGAAUUCUUUUCUUAGUGCACCUCUACGGUACCUAAGCUACGUCCCUUCCAAAUUUCAAGUGCCUACGUUUAGCCGUUUAAGCUGUGCGUUGAUAUGUCAGUCAGUCAGUUUCUCCUUUUAUAUAUUUAGAUAAUAACACCACGCUGCUCCAGUGCGGGUUGGCGGAGGUGUUUGGGUUAAUCUCUUCUUCUAAUCCUUUUAUCCCCUGUUGGGAUGUAGGGCGCGAAUAACAGAUUUCCACUCGUCGCGAUUUUGGGCUAGUGGUCCGAUAAAAUAACGAAUGAAUGGUAAAUUGUAUACUUUUUAAAUUUUAAUUUAUUGUCACUUAAUUUAUUACACUUUUCAUCUAAAGUAUUCUCGUUCAGAUUUCAAUUUCUAAAAACCGUGUUGUUUUCCCGAUGAUUCAUUUAUUUAUGUGAAUAUUUUUUAUAAGUGUAUUUGCGAUGAGUCGCUUUUAACUAGAGCCAUCUACUACCGUAUAGUUAGUGAAUGUUUUUUUCCAACAAUAAAGAGAUACGUACACACGGCGGUCCGUGUUGCUCUAUGUACGUACACCACAGUCAGUGGAUAAUGGUUAUUAUACUGGUGCUGAUUCCUGUACACACCAUCUAAUUUUAGUUAUUCCUGUCAUUUUCUUCUCCGCUGAAAAGGAAAGGGACGGGUAAUCGACGGGUAUAAAAGUUAUGCAACACACGUCAAUUUUAGGCAGAAAUUUAAAAAGACCCUUCCAAAAUGUGAUAUUGGCCAAUAACCCGACAGAAUUAAGUUGUCAGCAAACGUCAAACGGGUUGCAUAUGAGCGACAUGCUUAUUUAUAUUAUACUUAUUAAACAUAGGUUUCCCUCUUGCCUUCCGCCCAAUUAUACCUAUACGCCCGGGUUAUUCAUUCAUCGAGGUGUCCUGCAGACACAUCCUAAUUUUAAGUUAUACCCGUCAUUUCUUAUCCACCCAAAAGGAAACUGACGGAUGAUUGACAACUUGUUAAUUUUAAAACGAAUGAAUAACCCGGGCGAAUAAAAUAGGCAUCUCGCUGUUAUGCAAUCCGUUUGACGUGCUGUCUACUUAACUGGUUAUUGGCCGAUGUAAAAUGUUUAAUCUGUUGUUUUAGAUUUCUGCUUAAAAUUGCCCUGUGUUCCAUACAUUUUAUGCCUGUCGAUUACCGGUCCCUUUCUUUUUCAGAGGAUAAGAUCAUGACAGGUAUAACUUAGAAUAAAAUUACAUAGCGUCUGCAGGAAUUAGCACCAAUAUGUCUAUGUCAACAGUAGUAAGUACGAUCAGUUGCGAUAUGCACCCUUUUGUAUUAGGAAAUUCUACGUAUGUUUAGGCACCUUGUAUUUAUAACAAAAUAUCAAUGUUUAAAACUUUGUGUCUUGAAAUAAUGUAAGCGUGAUGAUGUAAGUAGAAUUAUGUAUAGAAUACCCGCAUAACUUAGAUUUACAAUUUCAGUAAUUAUUAGUCAUAAUUCGCAUUCCAGAUGUGUUAUAUUUUGGAAAUUUUCUGUAAGUAUAGGCAUACUAAGUGGAUAAAAUAUAUUAAUUGUUGGAAGGCACUGAAUGUGGACUCAUUUACCAGAAAUAUGUAUUGUGGAUACAUUAUUGAUUUAUCAUAGAACUUUAUGAUAGUUAACGUUCAUAUUUUAGUGUAACAAUUACUUACCGCCAUAUUACAAAACGAGAACUAAAUAUGACACUGGUGUUACCAACAUACAUUAACAUACAGGGUGUUAGUGACGUCGUAACGAAAACUUUGAGGGAUGAUUGAGACCAUGAUUCUGAGAUGAUAUGUAGUAGAAUUUUCCGUCGCAAAAGUAUGGAACAGAAAAUAGUAAUAAGAAAAACAAAAAUUUUCAUGAAUUUUCCGACGGAAAAUUCCACUUGAUAUCAACUCAGAAUCAUGGUCUGAAUCAUCCCCCUCAGUAUUUGUUACGGUGUCACUAACACCUAUACCUACUUGUAUGGGUACAGUAUGUACUUGUGCGGGGUGUAAGUGACAUCGUAACGAAUACUAAGGGGGAUGAAACAGCUGAUUAUUCUGAGUUAAUAUCAAGUGGAAUUUUUCAUCGCAAAAGUAUGGAAUUGAAUAUAAUUUAAAAAAACUAAAAAAAAACAUGAAUUUUGCGACGGAAAAUUCCACACAAUCAUCCCCCUCAGUAUUCGUUACGAUGUCACUUACACCCCGUAUAAUUAUGCAAUAAUAGGUAGUAUAGUGUGCGCCAUCAAAAAAGUUCACGUUUUUUUAAAUGGCACUGGUGAGAGCCUCUAGGCUACGUUCCCCAAAAAAGAAAUAUAGAUAGCGCUGUACAAAUUUGUCUUCAUUCAAAUUUGCAAAUGCUUUACAUGUGUAGUUUUGAUAAACAUUCUUGUAAUCAUGUUCCCUCAAUCAGCGCUUUUCGCUAUCGACCCACUAGGGUCGAUUAAUUCUUUCAAAUACUUUUCCUCUCAGACGACGCCCUGAGCCGAGGUUCGGACCCAACUGGGUACUGGGCCUGUUGUCUUAAAAGUUGUACCGGGUGAGAGCCUUCAGCGCUCCCCAUUUGUCCGGCCAAGUAGUUAAUGCCAUCUGCGGCAAAUCUACAAUAGUCAAUAAAUCACGUCAAAUAAAAAUCUUGUAAUCAUGAAAUGUUUUACAAGAGAAUCGCUUGUAAUACAAGCCUUGUGUGAUACAAGUUUUAAUAAACGGGGCACUGCCGGUAGAAAUAUUACUGUUCGUAAUUAAAACACAAUACCGGGUUCUUACCGCGUUAAAAUCAGGGAUAUGAGACUCCCGAUAUAUCAACGCUGUUGCAAGUGCCAUCAUCACGGGGUGACUAGUCUUCCUUUUGUAUUAAGGCGGUUAUUACUAAAUGUGUAAUAUUCUGAUGAAAUUAAAUAAUGAGGGACUUACCAGGCUACAUUCUUCAAAAAUAAUAUAGAUGGCGCUGUAAAAGAUUUUCCUUCGUUUAACCUUCUAAUUUCAUGGAUAACAGUAAAAUGCGGUCAACGCCGCUGGUGGUACAAUUACCAAGUCAAAUAUUGUAAUAUUAAUUAUUAAACCAUAUUGUAUCAUUGUUGGUUGAUCCAAAUAAAAAAAAAACAGACAUAUUAUGCGUCUUCCAUCUUUGUUUUUUAGUAGCAUGGAUAAUGCUGCACCGACAAGAGCGUGGCUCUUAAAUUGAUGAUGAGAUCUUUGUUGUUUGGGUAUAAAUGACGAUCCUUCUUAUCACACCCAGCUACGAUUACAUCUUCCACCCAUUAUUAUUCUGAUCAAAAUAAAGAGAAGCAAUGUAGGUAACAAAACAUAAUAAUACAUAAUGUGAUCCAAAUAUCAAGCGACAAUUAUUUUUAUUUAUGCUUCUGCCAAUAGAUUAUACUUUUGAAUAAUUAUGUACCGGAGUAAUAAGAAAAUAGGUAAUUAUCAAGUCAAAUCUGUACAACGCCAUCUAUAUUCUUUUUGGGGAACGUAGCCUAGUAAGUCCCUCAUUGUUGUGUAGUGUAGUUCUCCUAUGUUCCAUUUAAGAAUAUGAACAUUGUUUAUAGUCAAUUUAUUCUAUAAAUAUUAGGUAACUUAAAAGUUAUUUAAUUGAUGUUCCGGUUUUAAUCUGUAAAAAGCUAACAUAAUAUAUAUAUAUAUAUAUAUAUAUAUAUAUAUAUAUAUAUAUAUAUAUAUAUUAGCCUGAUCGGAACAGUAUACAGGGUGUUAGUGACAUCGUAACGAAAACUUUGAGGGGUGAUUGAGGCCAUGAUUCUGAUAUGAUAUCAAGUGGGAUUUUCCGUCGCAAAAGUAUGGAACUGAAAAUAAUUAAAAAAAACACAAAAAAAUUCAUGAAUAUUCAGACUGAAAAUUGCACUUGAUAUCAACUCAGAAUCAUGGUCUGAACCAUCCCCCUCAGUAUUCGUUACGUUGUCACUAACACCCAUACCUACUUGUAUGGCUACUGUAUGUACUUGUGCGGGGUGUAAAUGACAUCGUAACGAAUACUGAGGGGGAUGAUUUAGCUGAUUAUUCAUCAAGUGGAAUUUUCCAUCGCAAAAGUAUAGAAUUGAAAAUAAUUUAAAAAAACUAAAAAAAAAACAUGAAUUUUGCGACGAAAAAUUCCACCUGAUUUUAACUCAGAAUCAUGGUCUGAAUCAUCCCCCUGAGUAUUCGUUACGAUGUCACUAACACCCUGUAUGUAUAUUAUUUAUGAACGAUAAUCAGAUAUUUUGAUAGAAAAAACAUUGUUAAUAUUAACGUUAGUAAAACAGAGUUCUUAUUUUUCCGGAAGAAAUAAAUAAAUGCUACUUAGAAAAAGUAGCAGAGUAAUUUAAUAAAAGAACGAAAAAUCAUGUUAUAAAAUGGCCCCGAUUCCUGCAGACACCUCCAAAUUUUAUACCUGUCAUUUUCUUAUCCGCCGAAAAGGAAAGGGACGGACAAUUGACAGCUCUUAAUUUUAGAAAGAAUGAGUAAAUGAAUGAAUAACCUGGGCGAAUCAAAAAGGUAUCUCGCUGGUAUGCAAACCGUUUGACGUGUGCUGUCAACUUAAUUCUGUCGGGUUAUUGGUCUAUGUAAAAUUUUUAGACGGUUGUUUUAGAUUUGUGCUUAAAAUUGACGUGUGUUCCAUAAAUUUUAUGCUUGUCGAUUACCCGUCCCUUUCCUUCGAUAAGAAAAUGACAGACAUAACUUAAAAUAAAAUUAGAAGGUGUUUACAGGAAUUAGCACCAUUAUAGGUAUAAUUAAAUUACUUAUCUUCAUAUAUUAUAAAGAACAGUUAUGCUCAAAUUAUUAAUUAUUUAAAUGUUGGUAGAUUUUGAAUAUUCAAAUCCAUAUUUACGUUAUUUUUAGUUUAUUUACUUUAUUUAACGAGGGAUAUGAACUGUUGAGGUGAACAUUUUAUUCAAAUAAGGAUGUUAUCUUAAGAAUAAGAGAGAAAAUUGUCGACGGUAUAUUUAACUAUUGUUGUUGGAUACGACUUUCAUAGGUUCACGCGAAAUAAUAAAAUAAAUACACAAUAUAAUA